AUGAUGCGACUUUUUGUUCUAACUGCUUUAGCUCUCUCACAAGCUUCUGUCGUGCUUACUCAACACGCUGAGCACGCUUUCUACCCUCCUUAUGAGGAACAUGCUAGGCAAGCAGGUUACCAUCCUAACCCUCCCCAUGCUCCCUACCCUCCCAAUCUUCCCAACCCUCAUAACCCCCUCAACCCUCUCAACCCUCAUAAUCCCCUCAACCCCCUCAACCCCCAUAACCCUCUCAAUCCUCUCAAUCAUCACAACCCCUUCAACCCUCUCAAUCUUCCCCCGUUCCCUGGUCCCUGCCCUCGGACAUGUAACAAUGGCAAUGGCAAUGGACAUGGCGGUGUUGACCCCUCAUGCAGAUGCACGAACUAUCCGGUCUGCGGGCAUGGAAAAUAUUUAGGCAUCAAAUAUGGCCAUUGCUAUAUUCUUUCCUUCAGCGAUGGCGAGCAACUCGGCAUCGACAGGGAUCACACCGACUACAAGAAGAACGGCUUCUUCGUUGAUAUCCCCUUCAAAGUCUGCAAAUCGACCACUGAUUGCUCCCGUGGAAAGGAUGUUGAGACGGGAGAGUUCUUCUCCCUCCAAGAUCAGCACGGAUUGUACAAAGACACGACGUCGACGAAGGGCUGGAUUAAUGACGCCACAGGUGGGGCGCAUAUGGAAUUCACCCUUGAUGGUACCCAUGCGGGUAAAUUCACGGGUAUCCCUUCUUGCGCUGGGGGUGAAUGCGCCAUUCAAAUGUAUGGUCCCACUGGCGGUGCAUUGUCAUACGCUUGCCCGAUGCCGCAGCCCGGACUGACGCUGUAUGGCAACCCUAAAGUGGGUCAGAAACUUCGCUUCUCUGAGGUGACAUGCGACGCGUAUGAGGUCCCUUUGACUUCUGGCAUCAACCUGCAGUGA